CAUCAUGACUACCAGCAAGCUCCUAACAGCCUUGAGGUUCCUUCCUCCAUCAUUGACCUGCAAAUACAGGAACAGUGUGAGAAUGUGGAGCUGGAGGAAGAAACGUCUACUGAUGGUAAAUCUCUUCAUCUUUUGUGUUUACUGAACUUAAUCAUUAAAGAAGAUCAUCAUAGCUUUAAACAUUUGCAGAGUUCAAAUGUUCAGAUGUGCAGAUGUUUGUGUAUCUGAACUCUUCAGUUUUGUCUUUGUAAAUACUAUAAAUGUAUUAUUUGUAGCAGUAUUGAAAUGUUUGUUAGUUCAUAUAUAAUUGUUAUAUUUUCCUCUUUAGAUCCAACUUCAGUGGAGACCAUAUCUUCUGUAGAGAGUAAUGGUCCUCAGAACACUCCCAACAGUAGUUUUGAGAUUCCUCUCUUCACUGUUGACGAACAAAUCCAGGAGUUUCCAGAUGAUCUGUCAGAGGAAGAAACUGUGUGUCCUCUGGCAGAAAACCCAAGCCAAGACAUGGUCUUGAUUAUUGGGAGCAUGUGCUGGACCUACAACAUGGGUGAGCUACUGGGAGAAGGAGGAUUUGGUGCCGUAUAUGCUGGUGUCCGUGCCCAUGAUGGUCUUCCGGUAAAUUUACAUAUAUUUUUUGCAUAAUCAACCUAACAAACUAUAUUUAUGUGUUAUGCUUUGUCGUUUGUAACACAAUUAGAGCCCUUGAUAAAUGGUCAACCUGACCAAACAUGCUACAAAUUCAUGACUAGAAUUUCAACAAGGAUUAUUGAAUGGUCUGAUGUAAUCCAGUGCUAACUGUUAUAUUCUGUUUUGUUGAUCAGGUGGCAAUCAAGUUUGCCAGAAAAAUGGAGGGCAUGGAAUAUCUCUACGUUCCUGGCCUUCCAGAACUUGUACCACUUGAAAUCGGCCUCACACUUAUGGCAAACAAGGGUCCCAGCUCACCCAACAUAAUCGAUCUGCUGGAUUGGCAGGACUUUCCAGACCAUUAUAUAAUGGUCCUGCAGCGCCCUUCACCAUGCCUGAGUGUGUUCAAGCUUUUGGAGAGCUGUGGCAACAUCUUUGAAGAAAGGUUUGCUCGAUAUGUGAUGCGCCAGGUUAUCGAGGCAGCUGAGACCUGCUGCCGGCGCGGAGUAUUCCACAGAGAUAUAAAAUUGGAGAACUUGAUAGUCAACACACACACCAUGGAUGUCACCCUGAUUGACUUCGGCUGUGGGAACCUGUUCCAUGAAACAGAGUACCACACUUUUAGUGGUAUGUACAGUAUUAAAACUUUAGUGUCAUGACACACAAGCUGCUGAAUACAGUAAAAACAAACUGUUGUAACUCAGACAUGCAAAUCUCUUUCCUCCAGGCACAGAGAUGUACUGCCCUCCAGAGUUUUUCGAAACGGGCAAAUACUUAGCACGGCCAGCAACCGUGUAUUCGCUUGGAGUGCUGCUAUACACUAUGGUGUGCGGAUAUAUGCCAGACUACACGGAUCGGGAAAAGAUGCAGCACUGGCUCUGGUAUCUGCCAUCUUUGUCUUGUGGUAAGAACUUGAAAAAAUUGUAACAAUCAUACAAAAAAGUGUCUGACAAAGCCACUUGACUCAGCUGUCCAAAAUGCCAUCAGGAGAUGUAAACGAUGUUUAAAGUAAUAGUCAAACAUUAAUCCUGUCUUUCAGAAUGCAGUCAUCUCAUAAAUGCCUGUCUGCAUCCUGAUCCCAGCGAGAGGAUACCACUGGAGCAGAUUCUCCUCCACGACUGGUUUACGGUACCUAUGAUCUACAAAAACUUUUCAAAAUGUCAGUUAUUUUGGGGACAAUAAACCUGAUUUUGUUUUUGUUUUUGCUUUAGAUCUCACCAUCAGACAUGGAGGAUGAGCGCCCGGUCCUGGUCAUGCAGGAAGAGCUUAUUAGCCAGGCAUGCUAACACCAGUGGCCUCACCACCUCUCCAGUCCUUUGCUUCUUGCUAAUGUCCCGUGUCAGAGCUUGAGGCAGCAAUACUUGCGUCUUGCGGUGUUGCUGCCAAAAAUGUAUUGUUGAAUUGAAAUAAAAUUGUGUCAAUUGAACAGUUGUGUUUGUCAUGUUUUGUCCAUUUAUUUGCUGAAUUAGAAUUGGAGUUUGCAUUAAGCCUAGUAAGACCAUGAUUAAUAACUAGUACAGGUGUAGGAGCCAUACAUUGUAUUUUGGCUAUUGGCCACAAGGUGUCAGUAGAAGACUUUAUAACUGUGUCUUCACUGCAUGGAGUAGGACAGUGUUGGUAGGAAGU